AUGAAGUUCUUAGAGGAAGAAAAGACGCCAUUGGGCAUGCCGGAGCACGAGCUCGACUUGACAAGGCCAAACAUAAUAAACUAUGUGCGUGGAUGUAUGACUAUCUGUAAAUAUCCCUCCAAGAUCACACAAAUUAAAAUAUUCAUCAUGAAGGUAUUUAUCCUGAAUUCAUUGAAGUGGUAUCUGUUUCUCAUUGCCAACGCCAUUUCAACCGAAAAAGAAUGA